AUAGUCAAAUCCGUCCAUUACCAUACAUAAUUCAUAUGCCACCAUUAGCAUAGUGGACAAAGCUCCCCAACGACUGUCCGCACAGAGCUAGAGAUCUCAUACAUGGCGACCGCCGGCAGCGGCGAGAGGUGGAGCCUCGCCGGCGCGACGGCGCUGGUCACCGGCGGGAGCAAGGGCAUCGGGCACGCGAUCGUUGAGGAGCUGGCGGCGUUCGGCGCGCGGGUGCACACGUGCUCCCGCAACGCGGCGGAGCUGGAGGAGUGCCGCCGGAGGUGGGAGGAGAAGGGGCUCACCGUCACCGUCUCCGUCUGCGACGUCGGCGUGCGCGCCGACAGGGAGAAGCUCAUGGACACGGUCAGGGACACCUUCGCCGGCAAGCUCGACAUCCUAGUGAACAAUGCGGCCCAGUUGAUCAGCAAGCCGGCGAUGGAGUUCACGGCGGAGGACUACUCGCGGCUCAUGGCGACCAACCUGGAGUCGUGCUUCCACCUCAGCCAGCUCGCGCACCCUCUCCUCCUCAACACCUCCAUUGCCGGUGGGGGAAGCAUCGUCCACAUCUCCUCCAUUGCCAGUGUCAUGGCCCUCCCAGAACUCACGCUUUACAGCAUAGCCAAAGGUGGAAUGAACCAGCUGACAAGAAGCCUGGCUGCCGAGUGGGCCCGCGAUAAUGUUCGUGUGAACUGUGUCGCGCCAGGCCUGAUCGAGACCGACAUGAGCAAAGGCGUAGGUAAGGAGACCUUGGAAAAGUACGAGCAGAAGAUUCCGUUACGGCGGAGGGGGCAGCCAGCGGAGGUGGCAUCCGUGGUGUCGUUCCUCUGCACGCCGGCGGCCUCCUACGUCACCGGCCAAGUCGUCUAUGUCGACGGCGGCGGAACCAUAAGCGCUUGAGAGAGAAGCUAGCUAGCUAGCUUCACGACACUACAUUGGGGCUUGGGGGUGUGCAUGCGCCACUCGUACCUGCUGAGACCACUGACAUGUGGACCCACGUAAGUCGGCAUGGGUUUCGGAACCAUUUGGAAUCGAAGCUGGUCUUUUUUUUUUAUAAAACAGGAUGUUUUAUGUAUGAAAAUAAAAAAGAGUAGUGAACUCGUGUAGUUCAUCCAAAAGAAUGUUGUACGUGUAGCUCAACAAAUUAAAAUUGUGUUGUCCCAAAAGACAUGGUGCUCUAGAAAAGAAAAGGCUGGAGG